CUCACUCAGGUUGUCUUAAUCCUGAUGCCUAUUAGUAUAAUUGAGCACAGCUAGCUUUUGUGUCUCCAGCAUUAGCUCCCGACUGUCCUCUAAACUCCUCUAGCUAGCUGCCAUGCUUGUCCUCUUGCCCCUCCUCCUCCUGGCCACCGCCUCCUCGCCGGCGGCUCCGGCGACGGGUGACGGCGGGGCCGUGCCGGUGGCGAACCCCAUCGACUACUCCUGCGACCCCACGACCACGAGCGUCCGGCGGACGUACCUGCCCAACAGUACGUUCGCGGCAAACCUCGCCACCCUCUCCGAUGUGCUUCCAAGGAACGCCUCGGCGUCGGGAUUCUCGGCGGGGGCCUUCGGUGCCGCGCCGGACACGGCAUACGGGCUCGUGCUCUGCCGCGGGGACUUCACCGGCGGGCAGUGCGUCGCUUGCCUCCAGGCGGGGUUCCGCCAGGCGUUGAAGUACUGCAGCGACAGCAAGGACGCGACCAUGUACUACGACCAGUGCCAGCUCCGGUUCUCCGACCAGGACUUCCUCGCCGGCGCCUCCAACUUGCCAGAGAGAGUCGCGACGAACAUGAACAACGUGUCCGACGGGAACGUCGCCGCGUUCGACGCCCUGGUCACGCGGCUCGUGGGCGUGGUGACCGACGCGGCCAGCAACGCGACCAGGAGGUACGCCACAGGCCUGGCCGGGUUCCCGCCGGAGGACAUGAACGUGUACGCGCUCGCGCAGUGCACGCCCGACCUGGCGCCGGCGCAGUGCCGGGGGUGCUUCGACGACCUCAUCGGCCAGAUGCCCAAGUGGUUCGCCGGGAGGGUGGGUGGGAGGCUUCUUGGGGUGCGCUGCGACAUCAGGUACGAGAAGGAUCUCUUCUUCGCUACAACCCCCGACACGGUGACGCUCACGCCCCUGGUUGUGAAUUCCUCCAAAGGGAGCAACAGCAGUACACUUGUGAUCGUCGCAACCGUCGUCCCCGUAUCAGUGCUUCUGAUCUGCCUCUUCGCAUGCUUCCUAUGGAUCAGGAAGCGGAGAAGAAGAGUGAUCAACAUGUCAGGGACGGUGAGCAUGCCGACCAUGUCCAUGGAGAUGGAGCAGGUGCUCAAGCUCUGGAAGAACGAGGAGAGCGACUCCGAGUUCUCGCUCUACGACUUCGACCAGAUCGCCGACGCCACCAACAACUUCGACGACGACAACAAGCUCGGCCAGGGAGGCUUCGGCCCUGUUUAUAGGGGUGAGUUGCCCGGUGGGCUGGAGAUCGCGAUCAAGCGGCUCUCGUCGUGCUCGGUGCAGGGGCUGAUAGAGUUCAAGACGGAGAUCCAGCUGAUCGCCAAGCUGCAGCACACCAAUCUUGUCCGCUUGCUGGGCUGCUGCGUGCAGGCCGACGAGAAGAUGCUCAUCUACGAGUACAUGCACAACAAGAGCCUCGACUUCUUCAUCUUCGACAGUGUCAAAGGGGCGAUACUGACCUGGGAGCGGCGGUUCCGAAUCAUCGACGGGAUCGCCCAGGGGCUGCUCUACCUGCACAAGCACUCGCGGCUGCGGGUCAUACACCGGGACCUCAAAGCCAGCAACAUCCUCCUGGACCGCGACAUGAACCCCAAGAUCUCCGACUUCGGCAUGGCCAGGAUAUUCUGCUCCAAUGUCACGGAGGCCAACACCACCAGGGUCGUCGGCACACAUGGUUACAUCGCUCCGGAGUACGCUUCCGAGGGCCUCUUCUCCAUCAAAUCUGAUGUUUUCAGCUUCGGCGUCUUGCUCCUCGAGAUCAUCACCGGGAAGAGGACUGCCGGGUUCUACCAGUACGGAAAAUUCUUCAACCUCACAGGAUAUGCGUACCAGAUGUGGCAGGACGGGAAAUGGCACGAGCUUGUUGACCCGGCGCUGGGAGAAGACUUCCCGGUGUCCGAGGUGAUGAAGUGCGUCCAGGUGUCGCUGCUGUGCGUGCAAGACAGCGCCGACGACCGGCCCAACAUGUCCGACGUCGUUGCUAUGCUCAGCAGCGAGGGGCUGACGAUGCCGGAGCCCAGGCAGCCGGCCUACUACAACGUCAGGAUCUCCAGCCUCGCCAUGCCGUCGGGCUCCUUCGGCGAGUCGUCGUGCCGGAUCAGCAAUAUCACCCUGGCCGACGAAGAAGGCAGGUAGCAGAUUAGCAGGGCUGGCACAGACGUAGGAACGUGGUGAUCCCAGACUUUGUAGAUUGGUAACUGUACAGGAUUGUUAUGUGAUCAGCAUUCGGACAAGAAAAACGAAACGAGCAGAAUAGGUUAGCAUAGUUGAUGCAAGAGAUGCCCACGCCCAUCAAAAUGUUAACUAGCUGAUCUUCUUAACCAGCUCUCGUAAUUCUGGGUCCA